CUUGAAAUCGCAUCAUAUGACCCCUUUAAGAGCUGUGGUUAAGUUAGAAUGGUCACUAUUGUAAUUGUCUUGUUUUCUGUAUUUCCCUCCCCUCAUUUUCCAUCAGCCACCACCACAAAUGGUCCAGGCUCUAACAGUUCGUCGCAACUUAAAUGAGUCUGAGAGGAAGAGGCUGGAUGAUGUUAUGAACCAAGGGUUUGACCAGUUUGUCCAUGUUUAUGCAUCUGUCCCAAGAUCAUUACGAGGUCUCAAUGGGGGGCUGCAGCUUACAUUGGUUCUCCCUCCUAUCUGUCUCUCCCUGUGCUAUCUUUUCAUCCACCACACAUAUCAACCCUCCAGGCCUUGCACCACCUUUGACCAAUGUGCCAGUGAAAUGCGCUCCAUGCAGUGCUACCACCAGCAAACCAAUGGAUGGUCUGACAUCGGAUACAGUUUUUUUGUUACAGGUUCUGAUGGAAACCUGUACAAAGGCCAUGGCUGGAAUUGGGUCGGAGCCCACGCUUACGGGUACAACUCUAUAAGCUAUGGCGUCUGCUUCAUUGGUGAUUAUACCUCCACCCUCCCCGUCAAGAGUGCGAUGGACAUGGUGCAGUACGACUUCACAAGCUGCGCUAUAAGCGCAGGCCGACUGUCCUCAUAUUACAACUUAUACGGACACAGGCAGGCCGAUGCCACAGAAUGCCCAGGAAACACCUUAUACCAUGAAAUCCAGAAAUGGGAGCAUUGGGAGAGCUAUUUGCCUUGAUGACUGUGGCAGCAACAAUGAACACAAUCCACUAAUUGUGUCUCUGGAAAACAG